UGGCUUCCCGUUCCUCACCUGGAGAUCCAGGGAAGAAAUUAUCUAACGUAGUACGGGAGAUUUGAGGGCCGUGGCAUUGCGGAGGGGCUGGGAGUAUAAAAACUACCUGCCUAACAGCUCAGGUGAACCUUUGGAGACGCCCGUAGUCGGGGAGGGAUGGAGUGCCUCAUCCGAGAAGCCACAAGUGACGACUGUGAGCACCUCAUGAGCUUGAUACAGGAAAUUGCUGCCUUCCAUCACUUACUGGAUGACGUGACGAUAAAUUCUCAAGUUUUAAAAGCAGAUGGUUUCGGCAAGGACCCCUUCUACAAAUGUAUUGUGGCUGAACUGCCCGUGGAAAAUGGACGCAAGCAAGCUUGCCCCAUCGGCUACGCACUAUACUUCUUUGGGUACAGCGUCAACCACGGGAGGAUGGUAUACUUGGAAAAUCUGUACGUGGUGUCAGAAUGCAGAGGCAAAGGAAUUGGGAAGCAAUUACUGAGCAAAGUAGCAGAGAUUGCUCUUGCUGCUGGCUGCGUCGAGAUGAAGUUUGUCACCAUGGAAUGGAACCACCCGGCCAAGGAAUUUUACAACUGCCUGGGGGCUCACGACGCCACUGAGUCGGAACAACUGCACUGCAUGGAGUUGGGCCACGCCACCUUGCAAAGGUUGGUGCAAAGCAGGAAGGAGCUGUGAUCAUAUCCUCGGGCCUGAGCCAAACCACGGACAGCAGUUAUGGCCCACCGAGCCCUGAACUGCGCCUUGCCGAGACAGCCAACUCAAAAGGUCUCCGUUACAAAUGACCAGCAAUCUCGCUUCCCACCUUUGUCGCAAAAAGCUGUAGGCAUUUCUCUUUUCUGUUGGAAGGACAGUGACAGUUUUGGAGAGUGAAGUUCCCCACUUUGGGGGGGAAGAUCAAGCACCUUGCUGUUUUGGAUUCACCAGCCAUCCGCCAUGUGAAGUCAGAACACCCACUUACCUGAGUAUGCAAUGGAGGGAAUCCGUUUCCUCCAUCUUAGAAUGAAAAGAGUAAUUUUCCCCCCAGACAUAGAUUUCUGAGUUCCCCAUAUUCCUACCAACAGACAAAGCAUAAACAUGCAAAGUUUCAUCCUAGCUUGUCUGGAAGAUACAUCGCAGCAGCUGUUUCUGUAGCAGGGAUAGCCAAUGUGGCACCCUCCAGAUGUUGUUGGACUGUGACACUCAUCAUCCUUCCCUAUUGGCCAUGCUGGCUGGGCCUGACUGUUGCUUGUAUAUUUUAUAUAUUCUUAGCUUUGCCUUCUCUUUGGCCUGAGGUGGGCUAUACAUUUAAGUAA